GUUAUCACCAGCAUCAUCGCAAAGUCUACACAUAGAUGAGCGCUCAUGUUUUGCAUAGCUGACAUUUUAAACCUCCGUCUUUCGUAUGGCUCACCUUCAGAACCCGUCUAAUUUCUAAAAUCAAUAUGAGGAGGAGUUACACGUUCACUCAGCGACUAGGUGCUGCGUCACGGCGGCAUAAUCUGAAUGCUUAUUACAUGCGCGUUGGAACACGGGGGUGAAAACCUACCCAUGAAAAGUAAUAAUACCGGGUAAAAGAAGAUGGACAUCAGAGACCAAGGUGCUCAAAUGGAGCCACUUCUUCCCACGGUGAUUACACCUGCUGCAAGAAGGAGUGUGAGAAACGAUGAAGAGGCCGUGGUGGACCAAGGGGGGGCCCGGUCCAUGUUGAAGACUAACUUUGAGAAGGAGGAGCUUGAAGGUCACCGGACUCUCUACAUCGGUGUGCACGUGCCACUGGGCAGGAAGAGCCACCGGAGCCACCGGAGGCAUCACGGCCACCGACACCGGAAGAGGAGCCGGGAGAGGGACUCAGGGGUGGACGACGGACGUGAGUCCCCCUCGUUCAACACCCCGUCUCAGAGAGUGCAGUUCCUGCUGGGCACAGAGGAUGACGACGAGGAGCACAUCCCCCACGACCUCUUCACGGAGCUGGACGAGAUCUGCUGGCGGGAGGGGGAGGAUGCGGAGUGGAGAGAGACUGCCAGGUGGCUGAAGUUUGAGGAGGAUGUGGAGGACGGCGGAGAGAGGUGGAGUAAGCCGUACGUGGCCACGCUCUCCCUGCACAGCCUGUUUGAGCUGCGCUCCUGCAUCCUGAACGGCACCGUGCUGCUGGACAUGAGAGCCAGCACGCUGGAGGAGAUCGCAGAGAUGAUCCUGGACCAUCAGGAAGCCUCCAGUCCUCUCGGGGACGACGUUCGCAAGAAGGUCCGUGAGGCUCUCCUCAAGUCGCACCACCACCAGAACCAGAAGAAACUGGCCAACCGCAUCCCCAUAGUGCGCUCCUUUGCAGACAUCGGCAAAAAGCAGUGUGAAUCACACUCCAUGGACAAGAACGGUCAGAUGAUCUCUCACCAGACCCUCCCCACACCCCCAGAGGGGAAGAGUGAGGUGAGCAGGGAGAACAGUGCUGUGGACUUCAGCAAGAUAGACCUACAUUUUAUGAAGAAGAUUCCACCGGGGGCCGAGGCCUCAAACAUCCUGGUUGGAGAACUGGAGUUCCUGGAUAAGCCUGUGGUGGCUUUUGUGCGCCUUUCCCCUGCUGUCAUGCUGAACGGCAUAGCAGAAGUCCCCAUCACUACCAGAUUCCUUUUCAUUUUGUUGGGGCCUAUGGGGAAAGGCCUGCAAUACCAUGAGAUCGGUCGAUCCAUUGGUGCUUUAAUGACCGAUGAGGUCUUUCAUGAUGUUGCGUACAAAGCCAAGGAUCGCAAGGACCUUGUGGAUGGUAUUGAUGAAUUCCUCGACCAAGUAACAGUCCUGCCACCAGGAGAGUGGGAUCCCUCCAUCAGAAUAGAGCCUCCGAAAAAUGUUCCUUCACAGGAGAAGAGGAGGAUCCCUGCUGUGCCCAACGGCACCACUGAGAUGGGAGAAGCUGAGGAGCAUGAGGGCCACGGUGGCCCAGAAUUGCAACGCACAGGGAGGCUCUUUGGAGGACUCCUCUUGGACAUCAAGCGCAAGGCACCACACUACUUCUCAGACUACAAAGAUGCCCUGAGUCUGCAGUGCAUGGCGUCCUUCCUCUUCCUGUACUGUGCCUGCAUGUCGCCCGUCAUCACGUUCGGGGGUCUGCUGGGGGAGGCCACUGAGGGUCGCAUAAGUGCAAUUGAAUCGCUAUUUGGGGCCUCGAUGACAGGCAUUGCUUAUUCCCUAUUUGCUGGGCAACCGCUCACAAUCCUGGGCAGCACUGGUCCUGUGCUGGUGUUCGAGAAGAUAUUGUUCAAAUUCUGCAAGGAGUACGGCCUAUCCUACCUCUCCUUAAGAACCUGCAUCGGGCUGUGGACGGCGUUCUUCUGUCUGCUUCUGGUGGCCACGGACGCCAGCUCGCUGGUGUGCUACAUCACACGCUUCACGGAGGAGGCCUUCGCCUCUCUCAUCUGCAUCAUCUUCAUCUACGAGGCCUUGGAGAAGCUCAUCCACCUGGGAGUGCACUACCCCAUUAACAAGAACAACGACCUGGAGAAGCUCACGCAGUACUCAUGCGCCUGUAUCGAGCCUCAGGAUCCGAACAACGCCACACUGAAGUACUGGGAGGAGAACAACAUCACUGCCUCUGAGAUCUACUGGGAGGCCCUGGAGGUCCAGGAGUGCAUAGACAAGCGCGGAGUGUUUGUAGGGAAGGCCUGCGGUCCUAACGGCCCCUACAUCCCUGAUGUUCUCUUCUGGUCUGUGGUUCUCUUCUUCUCAACCGUUGCCAUGUCUGCGUUCCUCAAGGACUUCAAGUUCAGCCGCUACUUCCCCACCAAGGUGAGGUCUAUCAUCAGUGACUUUGCAGUGUUCAUCACCAUCUUCACCAUGGUGCUUGUGGACUAUGCCUUAGGGGUCCCAUCACCCAAACUGCAAGUCCCUGCGGUGUUUAAGCCGACCAGAAACGACCGUGGUUGGUUGAUCAACCCCCUGGGCCCCAACCCCUGGUGGACCGUCAUCAUCACCUGCGUCCCUGCUCUCCUCUGCACCAUCCUCAUCUUCAUGGACCAGCAGAUCACUGCUGUCAUCAUUAACAGGAAGGAACAUAAGCUGAAGAAAGGCUGCGGGUACCACCUGGACCUGUUCGUGGUGGGGGUGAUGCUGGGCGUGUGCUCAGUGAUGGGGUUGCCAUGGUUUGUGGCGGCCACCGUGCUCUCCAUCUCCCACGUGAACAGCCUGAAGCUGGAGUCGGAGUGCUCGGCGCCUGGGGAAGUGCCCAAGUUUCUGGGCAUCCGUGAGCAGCGCUUCACCGGCCUCAUGAUCUUCACCCUCAUGGGCUGCUCCGUCUUCAUGACCUCCAUGCUCAAGUUCAUUCCCAUGCCUGUGCUGUAUGGAGUAUUUCUUUACAUGGGCGCAUCAUCCCUCAAAGGAAUACAGUUCUUUGAUCGCCUGCUGCUGUUUGCGAUGCCAGCGAAGCACCAGCCGGACUUCAUCUACCUGCGGCACGUCCCCAUGAGGAAGGUGCACUUCUUCACCAUCGUCCAGCUCACCUGCCUCAUCAUGCUCUGGGUCAUCAAGACCUCCAAAGCCGCCAUCGUCUUUCCCAUGAUGGUGUUGGCACUGGUGUUUAUUCGGAAGCUGCUGGAUUUCAUGUUCACCAAGAGAGAGCUGAGCUGGUUGGAUGAUCUGAUGCCAGAGAGCAAGAAGAAGAAACUAGAGGAUGCUGAACAAGAGGAGGAGCUGAGUAUUUUGGGAGAGGAGGAAGGAGUUGUGCAAGUGCCCUUGGAGGGACAUUUCAAAGAUGAUCCUUCCACAGUUGACAUUUCAGAUGAAAUGUCGAAAGCCUCCUUUGGGAACGCAUGGAAGACUCCUAACUCAGAUUCUCGGAGUAGAAGCUUAUCCAACAGCAGUGUGAAGAAAGGAAAGAAGCAGAGGGAUGUGGAGAAGGGCCGCGACAGGGAGACGAGUCUCUGACGUUUCUCUCCUUCACUGUGUUUUUUUUUCACACAAACCAAUAUCUCGUGCCACACUUUAGCGCUCCUCUUCGUGUCCGUCCUGUAGGUCCAUUUUUUGUACAGUGCUAACGUUGUUGCACUGAUUUUAGCUGUUAUGUCUGAAAAUAAUUUGUUUGGCUUUCAGUGACAAGAGAGACACCGACGUUAUGUUUUAUUUACCAGUGUUAAUACAUGUGACCGCGUACCAGCAGCAGAGGAUGGUUUGGUGGUAACUGCUCUUUGUCUGUGAAACUGAAAUUGAGUGAGAAUGUCCGAAUCACAAGAAGAGACUAUUUUAAAAGAAACCUGUCUUUUCAUUGACAACCUUAUGUAUUUUGUAUGUUUUGUAUUUUUGGAAAACAGAUACAUCUCUGUAUUCUUUAAAGUGAUACCUAGACAAUGGAAUCAGUGUUUAACAAUAGAUGCUGUAGUUUUAAGCAAAAAAAAAGCAAUCAGUGUUCCGAACUCAUCAUAUACACAACUACUGCCAAGCCUAAGGCCAUAUGCAUGGAGCUAUUUACACUGUCAAACACACCCACUGUUCAUAGAGAAAUUAUAUAUAUAUAUUACAAUUAAUGCCUUAAUAUAUAUAUUAAGGAAUUCAUUGUAAUAUUCUCAAUAUUUAGGGAGAAGAUGGUAAACUCUUGUUUGUUUGUAAUGAGAUAAAUAUUUUACCAAAAAUGGAAAGUAUCUUCUGCACUACAUGACAAUUAUACUCAUGCACACUGAACUGGACGCUUAUUCCUUUCUUGAUGAUUGUGUGUGUGUAUAUAUAUAUAUACAUAUAAAUAUAUUACCGAAGGACUAUCAAAGAGAUCCAUUGCUUAUCACAGCACAUGUGACCUGUUGACCUCAUGCCAAAGUCUAGUCUGCUUUCUGGUGAAAAAAAUCCCUAUAUCAUACGUAUAUAUCAAUACACCACAGUCAUCAACGCACAGAACAUGCUUACAUAUCCUGUAACGUUUUGCAUAGUUAGGUAAUCAGAGAUGAUUGCACUCUCUGUUCAUCGUCAAGGUUUUAUUGCAGAACGUUGUAUCUUACAAAUGAAUGAUUAGUCAACAAAGACCAGGGUUAUACUUGAAAUGUAUAGUGAAGGGCAAAUUAAAGUAUAGCCGAUUUAGAAACAAAUGCAAUAGUACUUGAGAAGGGCAGAUCAAAUUAGAUAUUUCUAACAUUAUUUUUGGAUGGCACAGAUUACUUUGCACAAUAAAAUAAUAAUAAUAAUAAUAAUAACCUGAUUUUGUUCAUGGUUUAAUAGUAAUGCCCACAUUCCACAUAUGAACAUUCUAAGCUUGAAUGCUAUGUGUUUGUAAACAGCAAGUACAAAAAUUGUCAGUAACUUUUACAGACUGAAUCUUUCUUUGGCCUCUCAUGAUGUCCAUAUACUUAGUUGGGCCAGGUCAUUCAUGAGUUAAAGUGGUCCAGGAAGGUAUUCCAUGAGAAGGUUGUAUUGAUGAUACUGAUGGAAAUGUAUCUUAGAGUCACACUUGUGUAAUCAUUUUGAUUUGGGUCUGCCAAUAUCUGAGUUUUCAAUUGAUUCAUUUCUUUUGGGAUGAAGUGUAAAGUUAUUAUUAAUUUAGUAUUCAUGUUACAGUAUUUAUUAAAUGUGUAAAAUGUGGUAUUAAAUAAACUGAUGUAACUUA